AUGGCUAACCGGUAUCCAAACCUGCAUUCAGCGCCGUCGCUGCUAGACCUUUCUGGUGGGUGGGAAGAAAGUCCACGUCCCCAAUCCUCGUCUAGUGCAUCAACGUCUUCGACCAGCCGUAGCAUAACUCCUACUCAAUAUGCUCAGUCGCCCAUGUCUUCGUGGACGCCGCAGUCGACCCCUACUGUCAAAUCUCCUCAGCCCUCGCACUCGUCUAACCCGUGGUUUGCUUACACGGCUGCAAAGAGGUCGCCUUCGGGCGGCACUCCUGAAUCUCGAACCCCUCAAUACACGAGUCGUUCGACAACUCCUGUGCAGGCUCCGCAGCCGCUCCGACCAAACAAUGCGAUAGCUGGCUUCAAUAAUUCAAACUAUGGCGUCUCGAGUCCGGAGCCCAUCCAGAGGGUUUUCGAAUAUCCUACAUCGUCCACCCCUAGUCAGAAUCGCCAGAAUGCGUACCUGCUCGACUUGCAAUCACUGGAGCGCACAGUGAUUACGAAGCAUAUGGCGCAGUCUUUCUUGCAUCACUAUCCGUCGCUGCUUGUGCGGGUUGGCGUAUCGCAGGAGAGUAAGAAUAAUGCUUACAAUUGGGCCUGCCGAAACCCAUUCGUUGCAUUGCUGUUUUUGAUGUGCGAAGAUGUUGCAGCUUUUCCGAGGGCUUCAUUCUACAUGUUGACAGACGACCAACUUCCUUUCCAGGAAGAAGACUUGGAACGAAUUGCAGCAAAGCCAAAGAAGAUAGUUGAGACGCAAUGGCGGGUGAUGGCCAGGAAGCUACCGCGUAAUGGACAGCACUUUGAGUUUAAGAAGAAUGAGAGAACUCCUAUCUUGAGCCAGGGCAUAGUCAAGGACUCGGAAAGCCCUGGUCAAGUCGUUGAUCGGGUGUCAUGGCUGGGUGAAUCUGAGAGUAUAGUCUACGUUCGCAAGAGCUACCGUGAACUUCGACCUACUCAACAAGAAAGUCUCGUAAAACAGAUCUUGUCUUUCAACCGAUUUGAUCAUCCGAAUUUGGCCAAGAUAUUGUGUUCUUACGCUGAAAGAUCUACAGUAGCGUUCAUCACGAUGCCAGCACAAUGCAACUUGGAUGAUUUUCUGCGCCCCAUCCAACGAAUACCAGACGCCACUACAUCUCGCCAACUUCUGAGCUGGGUCAACGAUAUCAUACAAGCCGUUGCUUUCAUUCAUUCGCCCCCUCGGAAGAUCACUCAUCGCAGUAUCAGACCCCAAAAGAUACUUAUCUAUGGAAGUAGAGUGGUGCUUUCGGUUUUUGGCGUUGGAGACGAGCUAGAAGACUCACCAGCAAAGUCACAUGCAGCAGACCCGUCUUUUGUGUACGCUGCACCAGAAGUCAUCAGGAAUCAAGAGAGAAAAUCGACUCGCCUUGCCGAUGCAUUUUCACUCGGUUGUGUAUUUCUCUGCAUGUUAGCUGUCCUUAGGGGCUAUUCCUUAGAUACCUUUGACAACUGGCGCCGGAAAAAUGGUUCUGGUCUUAGCUUCCAUGCGAAUAUGGAUCUUAUCAGGAAUGACUUUUUUAAUCGACUACGCAUGAAUAAAGACUCGACUACAGCGGAGAGACAUGCGCUCAAGUUUGUCGAAGACCUCAUGGCAGAGGAUCCAAAGAAGAGAUGGAGAGUGCGUGACGUUGCGCCUCGCGUACAAGAGUGGCAUGAUUCAAGACAGGUAUCCAAACGAAGAAGCUUAGACGGUAUAGAUUUGGAAGCACGGAACAUUACUGUGCGAACUUCAAGCAUGCAGGUGAAUACAUCACCAUGGUAUGACCGGACCGCCAGGAGGACUUUCGCCUCCGUAACUUGA